AUGGCGCAAGGAGAAAAUCAGAACGAUUUGGCUCUUAAUGGAGAGGGAGUCAAUCAACCACUACACAUUGGGAGGCCCAUUUCAGACUACAUUGCUCCAGAUGUAGCAGAACAUGGAAGUAUUAAUGUGUCAGGGGUUGAUGUUAAUAAUUUUGAAAUUAAACCAGCUAUUAUUCAGAUGGCUGCUUCAGAUCCUUUUGGUGGGUCACCAACAGAAGACCCUAAUGCUCACAUUGCAAAAUUUCUGAGGAUCUACAGUACUUUCAAAAUUAAUGGAGUCCCGGGCGAUGCUAUCAAGCUUCGCCUCUUUCCAUUCACUUUGGCUCAGAUUGCUAUCAAGAAUCAAGCUCUAGGUAAUGUUUCUACAUCUUCUACUCCUCCAAGACCUAUAAUGAUGUGUGAACUUUGUGGAGGAGAGCACAAUUCAGAGGAGAGUCUCAGUGUUGAUUCUCAAGCCACAAUGGAACAAGGUGAUGUGAUAGGGUAUGGUAGUAUACAACCGACAUUCCAACAACGAGGACCCUACAAUCCAAAUGCACCAAGGAACCAUCCUGGUUUCUCUUGGAGUAAUUCAGUUGAGGCAGGGAAUCUAGAAGGUGAGAAUGAGAAACUGAAUGAGGAUGUUAUUGCCCAAGAUAAGGAAGAUGAGAUACAAGAAAUUGAACCCGUAAAGAAGCAUACACCACCUCUACCCUUCCCACAAAAAUUUCAGAAAUCUAGGGAAGAGGAAAGAAGAGCAAAAUUCUUCAGUUUGAUUAAGCAACUGGAUAUCACCAUUCCUUUGCUGGAUGUAGUAACUGAGAUUCCUUCGUAUGCUAAGUUUUUAAAAGAGAUUUUAUCCAACAAGAGCAGAGCUGAUGAUCGUGAGACAAUAGCAGUAAGUGAAGAAUGUAGUGCUUUAAUUCAAAAUAAGCUUCUUCCAAAGCUUAGGGAUCAUGGGAGUUUCUCUAUCCCAUGUGUUAUUGGAGGAUCACUUGUUCAAAGAGCUUUAUGUGAUUUAGGGGCAAGUGUGAGUUUGAUGCCCUAUUCUUUGUGUCAAAAGCUGCAACUUGGAGAGCCAAAACCUACAUCCAUGACUCUUCAGUUGGCAGACAGAUCAGUGAAAUAUCCUAUUGGAAUUCGGGAAGAUGUGUCAAUGAAAUCGACUCUUGUGUUGCAGCUUAUGAGAGGGGUAAAUGGAUCUCUAAUGAUCCUUUACAACUCGAAAGUGAAGAUACUACAGAGAUUGAAUACUUGGGUGAUGGAGGUUGUGAAGAAAGAGAUCUUAAAAUUGUUGAAAGCUGGCAUCAUUUAUCCUGUUCCUGACAGUAAGUGGGUAAGUCAUAUUCACAUGGUCCCAAAGAAAGGGGGGACAACUGUGGUCCGCAAUGAGAAGAAUGAGCUCAUUCCUACCAGGUUAGUCACUGGGUGGAGGAUGUGCACGGACUACAGAAAGUUGAACGAUGCCACCGGGAAGGAUCAUUUUCCUCUUCCGUUUGUUGAUCAGUUGAUUGAAAGGAUGAAUAAGUACGAUUACUUUUGCUUUGUUGAUUGUUUUUCGGGGUUCUUUCAGAUCCCUAUCCACCCCGAUGACCAAGAGAUGACUACUUUUACAUGCCCCUAUGGUACCUUUGCAUAUCGAAGGAUGUCAUUUGGGUUAUGUAAUGCACCGGUUACAUUUCAAAGGUGCAUGUUAGCCAUUUUUUCUGAUUUAGUUGAGAAGACUAUGGAAGUAUUCAUGGAUGAUUUUUCUGUAUAUGGUUCUUCUUUUGAUAAUUGCGUUGAUAAUUUGGACGAGGCAUUGGGAACGUGUCAAGAAGCAAACCUUGUUUUAAAUUGGGAAAAGUGUCACUUUAUGGUACAACAAGGGAUUGUUCUUGGACACAAGAUAUCAGAAAAGGGCAUUGAGGUUGACUCGGCCAAGGUGGAAGUCAUAGAGAAACUACCACCACCUAUUUCAGUAAAGGGAAUAAGGAGUUUUCUUAGCCAUGCAAGGUUUUACAAGAGAUUUAUCAAAGACUUUUCAAAAAUCUCUAAACCUUUAACUCAAUUGCUUCUAAAAAAUGCUAACUAUGUUUUUGAUGAUGCUUGGCUUGAAGCUUUCUGCAGAUUGAAGAAGGAAUUGACAACAGCUCCCAUAAUGUCACCGCCAGAUUGGAGCUUGCCAUUUGAGAUUAUGUGCGAUGCUAGUGACUAUGUUGUAGGGGCCGUCCUUUGUCAAAAGAAGGGCAAGUGCUUACAGCCAAUUUACUAUGCAAGUCGUACCCUUGAUGAUGCUCAAGUUAACUACGCCACAACACAGAAAGAGAUGUUGGGUGUAGUUUUUGCUAUUGAUAAGUUCCGGUCUUAUCUGAAUGGAUACAGUGUAAUUGUUCAUACCGAUCACUUAGCAUUGAAGUACUUGAUGAGCAAAAAUGAAUCCAAACCAAGAUUGAUGAGGUGGACUCUUCUGCUUCAAGAGUUUGACUUGGAAAUCAUAGACAAAAAGGGGACAGGAAAUCUUGUAGCUGAUCAUUUGUCCCAAUUAGAGAACCAAAACGAAGUGGUUGAAGGAGAAAAGAUUCCAAUCAAUGAUUACUUCGUGGGAGAGCAAUUGAUGGCUCUUCAUGCUUUUAUGCCCUGGUAUUCAGAUUUUGUGAAUUAUGUGGUUUGCCAAAAAUUCCCACCAAAUGCUUCUAGAUCAUUGAAGAAGAAAUUACAAACUGAUGCAAAAUUCUAUAUUUGGGAUGAAUCGUUUCUAUACAAGAGGUGUGUAGAUGGAAUAUUAAGAAGAUGCUUACCCGAGAUGAGAUAG